CCGAAACUGGCCCAAAUCAACACGGCGGACGAACAUCGAGACGCUCCACAUGGGACCCUAUGGCCCAUCUUACAUUAUCCUAACCGGAGCGUCUAUAGGGGCGGUUAUAACAUCCAACGGCUAAGAUUGCACCUCCGAAGCCACUACUUCCCCUCUAGGCUCCAACGGUCAUAAAAUCUCCCCCUUUUAAUUUUUGAGCAACGGUCAAAAAAUCUCAAAAUACAAAAGAAAUUGGUUAACUAAGAGUAACAACCCACUAAAUCACAAGCCAAAACGCUCCCUAAAACAAUCAAUCUCUCUUGCUCUAAAAUCCCAUUGGUCUCCAAGAACUCCAGCCCCAGCAAGCAAAAAUGAGUACUCUCUACCCAGAUGCAAUUAACGCCCCGGAGCUCCAGAUAUGGAACAAUGCCGCUUUUGACAACGAAGAAUCCGAUGAAUCGGACCCCGUUAAAGCCUCUUGGUCUGAUAAGCACGCCGUGAACCGGUCUGAGUCUCUUGAAUCCGAUUGCGGCAAAGAAAAUCUGAUCCCUUUGGUGGUAAAAUCCCCUCUAUCAGAAAAAUCUCCGGUACCCAUUAAGCCACUUCUCCCGAGUAGGAACUUGCCAUUGAAGAUUCUUCUUGAAACUCCGGCGGUUCCAAAGAAGGGGUACAAAGCAAUAGAGGAAAACAAAAGAGUCCGUGAGGAUAAAGUAAUUGAUUCGGAGAUCGAGAGUAUUGAAAAGGAGAUUAGUCAGUUAUCAUUGAGACUCGAAGCGCUUCGAUUCGAAAAGGCCGAGCGGAAUGCGAUGAGUACAGUCGAAAGGCGGGGAAGGAUUGUUCCGGCUAAGUUUAUGGAGCCGAAACAGGGUGUAGAGAAUUCUGAUUUGAACAGAAAGAUCGAAGAACCUUUAACCUCAAGCGCAAAGCCAAAGAUUAACCGUAGGGGUGUAAGUUUGGGUCCCGCGGAGAUAUUCGCCGGAGCCAGACCUCGACAGCCAGGCAAGACUGAAAUCACGCCGGUCCAACCGAUUCAGAGUCGCCGGAAAUCAUGCUUUUGGAAACUUCAAGACAUUGAUGAGUUGAAAGCGGCAAAAGAAAGGGGUAAGAGUCUGAGUGUUAGCCCGAAAUCGCGGAAAACUUUGUCUAAGUUUCAAGCUCCAAAGCAGGCAGCAACCACGGUCGGGUCUAAAAGGCCUCUCAAGAAAGAAGAUCGGUUUCUCGCAUCAAUUCAGCCAAAGAAGCUGUUCAAGGAUGGAGAAAAGUCGCUGACCGCAAAGAAACCAUUUAAGUCUGGUAGGGUGGUGGCGAGCCGAUAUACCCAGAUUUCCAAUCAGACAAAUGGGAAUUCGAGACUGAGCGAUGGGAGGAAGCGGUCUUUACCGGAGGAUGAUAAUGAGCAUGGUAACAGGUGUGACCGAAGGCGCACUUCAUCGGUGGGAAAAUUACAUGGGAAUCAGGGAACGGACAGUCGGUUGAAGAAACUUUGGGAGAUUCCGAGUGAGGUACUGGUAUACAAGGGUGAGGAAGAUGAGUCUUUAGAGUCAAUUGCUGAGAUGGGUGGAGUGCUUCCGAAAAUUAGGAUAGUCCGGUGUGUGAAGGACACUCCGAGAGACUCGGGACCAGCCAAAAGAGUGGCUGAAUUGAUUGGGAGAAGGUCGUACUUUUGCAAUGCUGAGGGGGCGGAGCCUUCAGUUUGUCAGGCUUUGAAUUUUGAGGGAGAUGCACAAGAAGAAUUAAUUGGAUAACAAGAAAGCAAGAUGGCACCAGAGGCAUAGAAUCAUCAAUGAUCUCAAGAAAAACACUUUCUUGGCAACCAAACAGUGUGAUUAGAAGAUAUCUCACCAAGAGACGCGUCACGGUUCGCGACCUCGAACACCAGAAAUACUGCUCCAAAUCCGAUCUCCACCGUUCAGAUUGUAGAGCCUUGAGUCUUGAACGUGCCUACAAAAUUUCAGCUCAAUCGAACUACAGAGACAACUCCGAUCGGAGUGUUUGAUUGAAGCUGGACGAGCUCCCCUGUUUUUGGCUGUCUCUUCCUCUACCCAAUCUCUCACACGGUUUUUCUCUCCUCUUCAUUUCUAACUCAGAAGCAGCACUUGGUUUUAAAAUCUAAUUAAGCAGGCUUUAAACCCCCUCUCCAUGUGGGCUUAAUGAUCCUACAUGGACCAUCCUCCAUAUAGGAGGGAGCCCAACACAACUGAUAUUUAAUGUGCUUCAGAAGGUAAUGUUAUCUUUCUGUAGUUAUAAAUGAGAACCAUCCAGUUGACUUUCUGUAGUUAUAAAGAAAAUCACUCUGGAACUUCUUCCCACCGUUUUGAAUCACUUACAUUUGUUUCACGUGAUGUAACGAUAUUGGGCUUUAGUCAUUUGGGAAGGGUUCCUGUAGUUUCAUGUUGGCAACUAGCUUAGCGAUUUGGUAUGUCUCUAGUCUUCCUGAGAUGUUUUUUAUGGAAUGGCUCUUUAUUAUCAAAUCUCACAUGUCCUCUCCUGGGUCGUGUGGCUCUUGAUGAAUUGUAAACAAUAUAUACAAUUUCAUCAACAGCUUACUGCGGAGGAAGAAGAAAAAAGGUGAAGCUAUGUGGCAUGAGAAAGUGAAGAUUGUUUUAGGAUUUUUGCAUCUUCGUAUGCCUUGAUUCAGAAUAAACUCUUUGAACUACUUAUUAAGAUUCUGCAUUUAGAUAUACAAAUAAGGGGUUGGGUCUGAAGUCAUGUAAUCUUGUAUGUGCAUUUGCGGAAACUCCUUGCCGAGGCGUGUGCACCCCCAGGAUUAGUCAGGACUUAGUUUAGAACUCUCGGUGCCAAUAAAAGAAACCACUGCAUGAGUAGUAUAUACCUUGAAAAAUAGUUGAAUGAAAAAUGAAAGAGAGAAGAAACCACAUCUUCUGUUAUCCUUUUUGUGAAUAUUUCAUCCACCUAGGAAUCCUUGAGGUGAGAGGAUCUAGUCACACCCCGGUGUAGCCCUCACUACUCACUAGUCUAGGAUACAUCAUUCUGCUAUUUAAAAUUCUUGAUCACUCUCAGUCCUUAGACUUGCAAUAAGGUUUACCUCCAUAAUAUCAAUUCUAUGGGAAGUAAAGACAUCAUAUUUCCGUGCUUGAUAUUCAUGAAGCAUCCGUAGCUAUCUUGGGGAGUCCUUGCACAGUUGUCUCAUGACUUGCAAACAACCAGAUUGCACUUGCUGCCCUGAUCCCGAUUACUUAUGAAUAUGUUCUCUUUAUUGCUAAUAUUGAUAAUGAUGAUCACACCAUCAACUAUUAAUUGAUCAUUUUUUUUAGGAUUUACGCAUCUCCACAUGCCUUGAAUCAGAAUAAUCUCUUUGAGCUUUGUUUAUAGGAUUUUGCAUUUAGAUGUGGUAACUUGAUAAAGAAUAGAAGCAAAAUUGGCAUCUUUUUCCCCUAAAUAAGGGGUUGGGUUUGAAGUCACGAGUUUAAUUCUGAAUGAGUAGUAUUUACCUUGGAAAAUAGUUGAAGAAAGCACACCUUCUGUUAUUUAAUCUUAGGGUAGCAUCAUUUUUGUUAUUUAAGAUUCUUGACCACUCUCAUUCCUUAGACUUGUAAUAAGUUUUUCUGACUCAAAGUAAUUUCUGUGGAAAGACAUCGUCUUUUAGUGCUUGAUAUUCAUGAAGCAUGAGUAGGUUAUCUGGGGGAGUAUCUCCUUACACAGUUGCCUCAAAACUUUUGCAAAAGAUGUCCUCACACAUUCUGCACUUGCUGCUCUGAGCCAUCAUACUUCUGAAUAUGUUCUCUUUAUUCCUACUCAUGAUAAUGAUGAUUAAAAGAUAUUUUCCUUCUUGUGGUGUUUGUUACUCAUGAUGGUUUGUUUGCAAGUUCUUCUGGUUGAAAUAAGAGAAGAAUGUACGAAGUGUCGGCAUAUUCAUAAAAUGCUUCUUGUAUUCAUGUAGGUAAGUAACUUUCACAUUUG